AUGCAGAGCCUGCUCGGUGACCGCGCCCACACUUUUGACGAAGCACUCCUCAAGGAGCGAUUCUUACAGCGCCUUCCAUCUACCGUGCAGAUGAUACUGGCCACUGCAACCAACCUUUCGCUCACAGAACUGCCGCUUCAUGCGGACCAGAUUCUGGAAGUGGCGCAGCCUUCACUAGCCGUCAUGCAGGCCACCCUCCCGAUGCCCGCUCACGUGUCUGCAUCCUGCACUUCCGUGACUGCCCCUCCGCCUUGCUUCCGUCCUGCCGAGCCAACAAGCGAAAUUGCCGCUCUUCGAGACGACGUUCACGAGCUCUGUGCCCCCAUCGCCUCGACGCAGUCGAACCGUGGCCCUGCCUCCCCUCGACGCCAGCAAUUCCGUCGCGGUUCACGAUCCCGACAAUUUCGUAGGUCCCAUUCUCCAGAGCGUGCCAACCCUCCGCCAUUCUGUUGGUACCACUGGUCCUUCGGUGCUCAAGCUCGCAAUUGCCAACCGCCGUGUUCCUGGCCGGGAAACCUUCCCGGGGAGCGCAAAAGGCGGCGAGCGCCCCUCCUCCUGUCCAUCGGGACCGCCUGUUCUUCGUCGCCGACUUAG